AUGGAUGUCACCAGCGGAAUGAGGCCCAUCUUCGGCGGAUAUCCGUUCCAAGGACAAGGUCGAAUGAAUCAGCUAGGAGGGGUCUUCAUCAAUGGGCGACCUCUCCCAAAUCAUAUUCGUCUGAAAAUCGUAGAAAUGGCCGCCGCUGGAGUUCGUCCUUGCGUGAUCUCCAGACAACUCCGCGUCUCACACGGUUGUGUGUCAAAGAUCCUGAAUCGGUAUCAAGAAACUGGAUCCAUUCGUCCGGGCGUGAUCGGUGGUAGCAAACCGCGUGUAGCCACGCCGGAAGUCGAAGCGAGGAUCGAGGAAUUAAAGAGAGACAAUCCUGGAAUAUUCUCCUGGGAGAUCAGAGACAAACUUAUGAAGGAGGGUUUCUCGGAUCCGCCAAGCGUCAGUUCCAUCAGCAGACUUCUUCGAGGCGGACGACCAGGAGAUGACGGAAAGAAGGAUUACACCAUCAAUGGCAUAUUAGGCGGCGGUCGUUGCGGUGAUGACUCCGAUACGGAGAGCGAGCCGGGCAUUCCACUUAAGCGAAAGCAACGUAGAAGCAGAACGACGUUCACCGGUGAACAACUCGAACAAUUGGAAACUGCGUUUCAGCGAGCUCAGUAUCCAGAUGUUUAUGCCAGAGAGGAAUUGGCGCAAAGGACUGGAUUGACGGAAGCGAGGAUACAGGUGUGGUUCAGUAAUCGCAGGGCGCGCCUCCGCAAACACGCCGGUAGCAUAGCUCAUUCGGUGGCCAGCCUGCCGCUGACACCGUGCCAAUACGCCGCGGCUAGCCACGAGCUUGCUCAGAUACCGCAGGUACCGCAGAUGCCGGGCGGGAUACCGCAGGUACCCACGACCUUGCAUCACAGCCCGACGACGUUGCACCAGGCGCCUGGCGUGCACCAAGUGCCCGGCACCGCUCAAAUGGCGACUACGAUGGCCCAGGUGCCCACCACGAUGAGCAGCGCUCUUCAAGGACACGCGGUUGCCAUUUCCGGCCAUCUCGGCUCGCUUCCGGCGCACGCGGCCUCCAUGCAACUCGCGCAGGUGUCGACGAUGCAGCCACCAGCCGCGCAUGGUGCGCCGACGUCGCUUUCCCACAACACCGGUAGUACCGAUUGGUCCAGGACGCAGCUUGGUUGGGGACAAUUCAAUCAUUUCCAGAGCGGUGAGUACGGCUCGAGUCAUACCGGUGGUCAUCAGCAUGGAUCGCAUCCGGCACAGAAUACCCAGUCGUCAAGUACCACGAAUACCAUGGCGGCAACGCCGGAUUGGUACGAUCAAGGCUACGAUUAUGUUCCACAUUCUCAGCUUAAUUAUCAUCGUAGCGUAGGUGGAAUAUUUUAG